AUGAUUUUUGGCUGUGGACCCGCGUCCCGCUAUCAGUACAUUGCUCGUUGGCUUAUGGAAGCAAUCGCGUUGGCGAAGUUUGGUAUGCCCUUACGUGCAUUCAAAUUGACGUUCAUCGGCGGCACGAACCCAGCGCGCGCUACCCAAGUCCUCAAUGUUGCCCUGAAAGACGCAGCUUGGCAAGCUGCGCUUGAGAGACGCACAUCGACCAAUCCUGGUGGUCUACUCCACCCAGCUAUCAUCCGAACAAGUCCGACGUUCAUCAUGGCUGGAUUCCCUCGGGCCAUGCAGGAUGUAGCCAAUGGAACCUCGAUGGUCAGGUGCAAUUUUCCUAUCGGAAGUCUGCCUGACGAGAACGAAGUGCCAGAAGAGCAUUUCCAUUGGGCACUAGAUGAUUGGGGGAGUGAAUGGAACGCUAGUCGUACCGAGAUCAACACCUCCGAUCAGUGGCCGUCAUAUCAGGCGGUCAUUGAUCUGACAUUCGUACCAAACGCGCAGGUAUCGCAAGCAACGAACGAUCCCAUUGUCAUCGACGUGCCGGGCUAUCCAAACGACCAUACACCGAUAGAAGUUUCGUUGGCUUACCCGGAGCAUGCCGAUAUUGAGUACGACGACGAUGUUGAGUAA